UACAGAUACCGCACAGAUCAGUCAUUGAUUUCUGGGAGCAUUAAGCUUAAUGGAUGAGAAACCCUAACGAGGUGGUCCAUUCUGGAUAUCAGGAAGGCAACAUGGAUGCUUCCAUUAAAUUGUCCAACCUCACCCAGGAGUGGUUUGACUCCCUGCAGGGUUGGCGCUUGCAGUUCUUCUUCAUCCCUGCCACCCUCGUUACACUGAUCACUUUCGCCACCAACCCUGUGCUCCUCACGUGCAUCUUCCUGUCCCGCGCCUUGCGCCAGGAGACCCGCUACCUGCUGGUGGCCAACACCCUGGCUGCAGACCUGCUCUUCCUCACGCUGAACCUGGCCACCGUGUUCUGCAACGCCCUGGGCGUCCACAUCCCCCCCACGCUCUGCCAGCUGGACAUGGUCUUCAUCGUCACGGCCUACUGCUGCGCCAUCCUCACCGUCACCGUCAUGGUGGCCGACACCUACGCCGCCGUGCGCUGGCCCCUGCACUACCGCGAGCUGCUGCCGCCGGCGCGCACCGUGCGCAUCCUGGUGGGGCUGUGGGUGGUGGCGGCGCUGUACCCGCUCUCCAUGUGGAUCAUGAUGGAGACGACGGAGGGCAACGCCAGCGCGGUGGACACGCCCAUCUGCCUGGUGCUCAUCUCGCUGGGCUUCAUCCAGGCCACCAACAUGGUGGGGGUGCACAUCUACUUCUGCGCGGCGGCCCUCGUCUGCACCCUGCUCAUCGUCUACUGCUACGUGCGCCUCUACAUGGUCACCAAGACCCAGGGCAUCUGGCAGAGCCGCUACUCCCGGGCGCGGGUCACGCUGCUCGCCCACGGCGUCCUGCUGCUGCUCUACUUCGUGCCGGGCCUGGUGUUCACCGUGGAGCUCUUCCUGUUCCAGCAGGACGACGUGAGCCAGGACGCGCGCGUGUGGAUCAACACCAUCAACAUGUGCAUCCUCAUGCUGCUGCCCAGGGCCUUCGCCCCCUGCCUGUACGGGCUGAGGUACAGGGAGAUCUCGGACACACUGGUGCAGCUGCUGCACCGCCGCCGGAGACUCUGUAAGGUGACGGGAGCCUGAGGACCUCGCAGGGACUGUGUGCCGUCGACG